AUGGCGUCGAGUCUUCACCACAUCUCUCUUGGUCCGAUGGACCACAUGCCACCACCAACGCCUCAGCCUGGUAUCAUCUACUUCCGCAUCCAGCCUGGCGUUACCAAUGAACAGGUAUUCGAACAUCUAAAGGAGGGCCUGUAUCAGACUUUCUUGCAAACACCAUGGCUCAAUGGAAAGAUAUACGCACAGUCACCCGACACCCCGGGUUGGCGACCUGGCCAACUUGAAAUUCGCUUCAACCCAAACGUUGACGAUAAUGAAAUGUCAAAGUGCUAUCAGCUCCACUAUAAUGAGCUAGAGUCGUCUCUGUCCCUGGAUGACAUCGAGAUGAGCGGGUUUCCCGUUGAUAGCUUCGAUGACGAGAAGCUGACUUGGGUGUCGUACAAACCUCAAGGGACCAACUUCAACGAGGGCUUUGAGGUCGUAGCGGCCCAAGCAAACUUCAUUCCUGGCGCUUGCCUUCUGGUCCCCUCUGUACAUCACGCGGCCUGUGACGCUAUUGGUAUGGGUGUCUUCCUCAAACUUUGGGGAGACCAGUGCCGCAUCCUCAGCUUACGGAGCCAGGCCAGCUCUGAAUCGAUUACACUGCUUCCGCCCGAGAGCUGGGAUCGAGCCCUCCCGGCUCGCAUAUGGCGCAAAGAAGCAACAGGCCAUGCAGUAGCAGACGUGCCCCCUGAAACGUGGCAGUUGAUUGGGCUGAACCCUACAGAUGGUCUCAGCCCAGCGAAGAGAGUUAAAGUACCUCUCCGUGCCCAAACGAUGACCUCUAGAAUUUAUUACAUGCCAGCCACGGCUUUCAAAAAGUUGCAAGAUGAGGGGAGAAAGGGCUUACAGGCGCCAGAUGUCUCAGGGAACGACAUUAUCCUCGCUCUGCUCUGGCGUACUCUGAUGCGAGCCCGGGUCGCUGCCCGAGCGGCCGACCGCGGUAAGAUGGAGGAUAUGGACAGGCAAGUUGAACUGCAGACGGUGUGCGAUGCCCGUUCUGACUUCUCUCAUGAGCUGCCAUCCUCUUACAUCGGAAACUGUGUCUUCUAUCACCGAACGACGGUCCCGCUGAGGGCUUUAAUCGAAUCGGGAUCCCCUCUUUCCUUCAUCGCACAUUCUAUCCGUCUAAACGCGCGCAAUAUCAACCAUGAACAGAUCAUGGAUGCAUACAUGUUGGUGGACUCGAUGCCGGAUCUGACCCUACUUCAGCCGUUGCGACAUAUGAGCAUCGAGGACACAUGGAUGAUGUCUUCUAUGAUCAUGAUCCCGGAGGAUACCACGUGCUUUGGCGACAGUGUUUUCGCUAAUGGGGGCAAUCCUGUGGGAUUUCGCAUGCUCAUGAGCAGUCGCAAUCGAUCUCAGGUUCCUGCCUGCUACGUAAUGCCGCGGAAGAAACACGGGGGUUUGGAACUUGUCUUGAGUGUGUUUGAAGAUGAGUGGGAUUUUGUUGACAAAGACGAAGAAUUUGGCCACUAUACCAUGCACAUGGCAUAA